AUGUCGCUGAUACAUGCUCUCGUGGCGCAGGGCUCAACAAUCCUUGCUGAACACAAAGCAGGGAAACGGGAUUUCUCUCAAGCCACGCAAACCAUACUGUCAAAGAUUCCACCAAACAACAGUAAACUCACCUACGUAUGGGAACAAUACCUCUUCCAUUAUGUCUCCGAAGGAGGAUUCACAUACCUGGUCAUGGCCGACGACUCUGCUGGAAGGAGGAUGCCUUUUGCAUUCUUAGCCGAAUUGCAACGGAAGUUCACCUCAGCGCCCUCGUCCUCGUCUUCUGAUGACAUGCCCGCCUAUGGCCUCCAGGGCACGUUUGGACCUAUCAUAUCAUCGCUCAUGCACACUUACAACACUGCGCCCCCGUCCGACGAACUUACCCGAGCUCAAACAGAGCUCAACCAGGUCAAGGAUAUCAUGGUGCAGAACGUCGAGCAGAUCCUAAGCAGGGGAGAACGAAUCGAGCUUCUUGUCGACAAGACUGACGCCAUGGCUGGGCAAGCGACUGCGUUCAGACGUGGAGCGAGGAAUGUACGGAGGCAAAUGUGGUGGAAGAAUAAGAAGGUCCUAGGGACUUGGUAUCUUGUCUUGCUGUGGAUCAUAUUGGCGCAGUUUUGUGGCGCCAGCUUACGUUGCGCGCGCAAGGCGAACACCUAG